AUGCCAAUGACGACACCCUUUUGUCACUAUGGAGAGCCAACAUAUCUGAAGACGAGUUGGAAUGAUGCUAAUCCAAGGAGAAGGUUCUAUGGGUGCAGCAGAUAUGGGUCAAAUGGAGCAUGUAACUACUUCAGAUGGCUUGACCCAACCCUUGAUGAGCGUAUGAGAAAUGUGGUGCUGAACUUUCAUCGUCGAAUUCGGGAGCUAGAGAAGAGGCAAAACAUGAAAGUGUCCAAGUUUGAUCGGAAAAUGGUGUCGGUCAUCAUUUUAGGAGCUAUUGUAUUCUCUUUGUUUUGGACAGGAAAGUGA